AUGAUUCAACCCCUCACAAUAUUUCAUAUCAUUGUUUUAAUAAUAUCUCCUUCACUGGCCUCGGCACAAGAAGAUGGAAUCAUAGCACAAUAUGGUUGUAAUUCAACAUGUGGAACAGUUUCAGUGCCUUUCCCAUUCGGAAUGAAUGAACCUCAUUGCUAUGCACACAAAUGGUUUGAAAUAGAAUGCAAAUUUGACAACAAUACUUCUUCUGAUGUUCCUAAACCUUACUUGAAGUCGUUAAAUCUUCAGGAUAGAAACACAUUUCUAGCUGUGGGAUGUAACAAUCUUGCUUUUCUUCAGUCUAAUGGGACAACCGUUGGUGGUUGUGUAUCAAUUUGUGACGACGACAACAACAACCGUAACAAUUUCAAUUUUAAUAGUGACGGUUGUAAUGGAAGAUAUUGUUGUGCAACCUCAUUGCCUUCACAUCUUUCAGAGUUUAACGCAACACUAAGAGGUUUAAGGGAACAGAGUAGUGAUGGUUGUGGUUAUGCUUUGAUUACAAAUGAUAACAGGAUACUUUUUGACAGUUCGGAUAAUAUGAACACGGAUGAUAAUGAGACAUUGAAUGAGUUGAAGAAUAUGGAAUAUGCUCCUGCAAUGUUAGAGUGGGAGAUUUUGAAUGAUAUGUUAAUUAAUUCCACAUUUCAACUACCUCCAAAUUGUUACAACUCCAAGGUUACUUCUUUAAGUAACAGAACCACCGGUCGGCAAUGUCAAUGCUCGUCCGAGGCUUACCCUGACUAUCUCUACCUUACUAGAGGAAUCUAUGGAAAUCCAUACCUUGGAGGCUGCACAGUUCCAAAGCAACACUUUUAUAGGAAUAAUCGAUGGAAGAAGUGGGUUAUUGUAGGAAUUUCAUCAAGUCUCGGAUCCAUCGGUUUUCUCAUUGGUUUAUGGUUUUUGUACAAAGCUAUGAAACGAAGAAUGAUUAAGAAACGCAGAGAAAAAUUCUUCAAAAGAAACGGUGGUCUGCUGUUACAAAAAAGGAUGUCUGCAGGAGAAGUAAAUGUUGAUAGAACUAUUCUCUUCACCUUGAAGGAUUUAAAGAAAGCCACUGAUAAUUUCAAUAAGGAUAGAAUUCUUGGAAAGGGAGGCCAAGGUACAGUUUACAAAGGCAUGCUGGUGGAUGGUAAAAUUGUUGCUGUGAAAAAGUUUAAGGUUGAAGGAAAGGUUGAAGAGUUCAUCAAUGAGUUUGUGAUUCUUUCACAAAUCAACAAUAGAAAUGUUGUCAGACUAUUGGGAUGUUGUUUGGAGACAGAAAUUCCUUUGCUUGUUUAUGAAUUCAUUCCCAAUGGUAACCUUUUUGAGUAUCUGCAUGACCAAAAUGAGGACAUACCAAUGACAUGGGACAUGCGUUUGAGAAUUGCCUGUGAAGUUGCUGGUGCUAUAUUUUAUUUGCACUCAGUUGCAUCUCAGCCAAUUUAUCAUAGAGACGUCAAAUCAACAAAUAUACUAUUGGAUGAAAAGUAUAGGGCAAAAUUAGCAGAUUUUGGAGCAUCAAGAAUAAUUUCAAUUGAAGCUACUCAUCUUACCACAAUGGUCCAAGGUACUUUUGGAUACUUAGACCCUGAAUAUUUUUACACUAGUCAAUUCACAGAGAAAAGUGAUGUUUACAGCUUUGGAGUAGUCCUUGCUGAACUUUUAACUGGUAAGAAGCCAAUAUCUUCUAUAACAAGAUCUGAGGAUUCAAAAAAUUUAGCUUCCUAUUUUGUUCAGUGUAUAGAGGAGAAUAUAUUGUUUGACAUUAUUGACAAAAGGGUCAUAGAAGGAGGAGAGAAAGAACAUAUCAUUUCAGUUGCAAAUCUUGCAUAUAGAUGCUUAGAAAUAAAUGGAAGAAAACGACCAACCAUGAAAGAAGUCACAUUAGAAUUGGAAGGGAUUAGGGGAUUCAAUAAGAAGCUUAAUGCACAACAAAAUAACGAGGAAAUUGAGUUUUCUGGAAUCGAACAGUACCAACCUUGGGAUGGGUUUUCUGCAUCAAAUUCAUUAUCAAUUAUCAGCAGCCAAACACACUCCACAGACUAG